UCCUCCUCCUCCCGCUGCUUUGAGACGGAGGAGGUAGAGAAGAAGACGCAGUCGAAGCGAGGAGAGAAGGGAAGAAGAAUGAACGGCGGCGAUUUGGCUCUCCCAGCGGGGUUUCGAUUCCAUCCGACGGACGAGGAGCUGGUGACGCAUUACCUCUGCCGUAAAUGCGCGGCGAUGCCCAUCUCGGUGCCCGUCGUCGCCGAGGUCGACCUCUACAAGUACGACCCGUGGCAGCUCCCAGGGAUGGCGUCGUACGGGGAGAAGGAGUGGUACUUCUUCUCGCCCAGGGACCGGAAGUACCCCAACGGCUCACGCCCGAACCGCGCCGCCGGCUCGGGCUACUGGAAGGCCACCGGCGCCGACAAGCCGAUCGGCACGCCCCGGACGGUGGCGAUCAAGAAGGCGCUGGUGUUCUACUCUGGGAAGGCGCCCAAGGGGACGAAGACCAAUUGGAUCAUGCACGAGUACCGGCUCGCCCACCCCGACCGGUCCGCCACCAAGAAGACGAACAACAGCCUUCGGUUGGACGACUGGGUGUUGUGCCGGAUCUACCACAAGAAGGGUGAGAUCGACCCCGGGCGGAGGUCCACCGAGUCGAAGGCGCGCCCCUGGGUCGAGCCGAAGCGGGAGGCCACGUGGCAAGUGACUGCGGCGGCGCCGCCCCCGAUGACGGACCUGCUCUACCUGGACGCGCCGGAGUCGCUUCCGGUGUUGGUCGGGGCCUCGAGCUGCUCGGAGCACGCGGACCUCACGUGCGAGAGGGAGGUGCAGAGCCUGCCCAGGUGGGGGGAGGACUGGGAGAGCGUCCGCUGGUUUGGUAUUAAUAACGAACAUGGCCCGCUCUCGCCCUCGUGCGGAGACCCUCUCCAGGAUAUAUUCACGUACUUGCAGAAGCCCUUUUAGAAGAGUUGGCACGUGUGGAGGCGAGACCCGUUGGUGGCUGUCGGAUCGAGGCGGUGCUUCGGAGAUCGUGCGGUGCCAAUGAACCCGUGCAGACAUAUACGAACUCCCGUGUAUAGAUCAAUGGGGGAGAUGAGAGGCUUUGGUAGCGGUGAGGUCAGGUCGUUUCUGUUUCUGUUUCUGUUCGUGACCUGCAAAAUUUUGUUUACUUGAUGUUAGAUUCGUACAAAUGUAGACGUGUUGUGCGAUAUAUCGAAUGAAAGAAGGAUGGCGUUAGAGCUGAAA